AUGGCCAGUGAAGAUUUAGAUGGCUCCCCUCCCUCCUUUCACCUAGACCCACAUGAGGAGAUCUCUCUCUGGCUCUCCAGCCUUCACCUGUCUCAGUAUGCCUCCAGCUUUGCUCAGGCAGGGUACCACAUCCUGGCAGACUGCAGGGGACUAACUGAGGAGAAGCUUCUGCAAGUGGGUCACUUCCCCACUGGGCAUCGGCGGAGAAUCUUGAACAGCCUUGGGGUCCCCACGGUGGGGGACGAAAAUAAAGAAGUAUCUGAAAAGGCUCAAGAAAGGAGGAAACCUGUUCCUUUUCCUAGAACUAUUUUCAAGGACAAAAAGAGUGUAACCUCUGCUCAAGGUCCUGAGACAGGCAACACUGGGGAAAAGCAAAAUUUGGCUGAAAACCAAAGUCUUGCAAAGAAGGUCAGUUCAGGAGGACAGCUAACAGAUUUUUCUUCUACUGUUUUCCAAACACUGCCAAGCAGUCAAGGCAAAACUGCCUCCUCAGACUUGAGCUCUGUGUCAUGGCACAGUAGCAACGAUUCAGUACAACAUACUUCCCUCUUACUACACACUGAAUGUAACUUCUCAGAGGAACUCACCUCGCUUUCAUCAGAGCCAGGUACAAAAGAAGACUUCCUCUUAGAAGGUUGCACUGAGGGCUUCCAAGGUGUGAUGGUGGACAAUGAUAUAUAUGAAAGUGCCGCCAUUUUUACAGCUGCUGCUGCAAGGUCCACGCGCUCCUAUAGGUUACGUCACAGGCCUGUGCCAGAGAUCCCAGAACACACCACCCUGCCACCAACAGACUGGAGUGUUUCUGCAAAAUCCAACUUGGAGCAGCACAGCAGCACAGAAGGUCCCAGUAGUGUCAGACAAAAAGCCACUCUUCAAAGAACUAUUAGUCCCUAUGGCGAGGUGUACCUCUGCAACAACGAUGCAAAAACCAAACAAUGUGUGGGUGAAAAGGAAAUGCUCAGCGAAGAAGCAAAGGAGAAGCAGAAACAGAAAAAGUUGAGGAAGCUGCAAGAAGAGCAGAAAGAGAAGCAGGGUGAGAACAUGUGUAGGCGAGGCAUUUCUAAACAAUGCACCCCUGGCUGCCACAAUGAUAAUGAGAAUGAUGAUGAUGAAGAUGAUGAUUACUCUCUGCUUCAGCCAUGUUUGUCUAGUUCUGAACCAACCAAUGAGAAUUUCUCAAACUCAGCUAAAUCUGUAAAGUCCCUCCCAGAGACUGCACCAUCGUUAACAGGAGUUGAUCCACACAUUGGAGGGAUCUACAGUGAGCCAUCGGAUGCUCUGUCUGGCCUGGUGCGACACACUCGUCCCAUCCACAGUGAAACUGACAUAUCGCCUUAUGCCUGCUUCUACAAACACCCUGAAGAUUUUGUCAAAAUGGGCUGGUUGGACAAACUCUCUCCUCAAGGAAACCGUGUUUUUCAGAGAAGGUGGAUCAAGUUUGAUGGGGAAAAUCUCACUUACUAUAACAAUGAAAAGGAGAUGUACUCUAAAGGCCUGGUCCAUCUCUCUGCUGUUAAGCAGCUGCGAUCGGUGGGAGAAAAUAAAUUUGAGGUAGUCACAGCGGGAAGAACUUUUGUUUUUCGAGCUGAAAAAGAAGGAGAGCGUCAGGAAUGGCUGGAGGUGCUGCAGGCUGCUCUGAAGUCCCGCGUCUCUGUUUUGCAAACACCCUGUAAACGCAGCUCCAGCAAGUGCGGCUACGUGGAGCUCCGCGGACACAAAGGCAAAGUCUACCUCAGCCUCAUGGGAACCAAAAUCCGAAUCUGCAAAACAGACCAGGACUUUAACUCUGGCCUGGCCAUCACCAUGGUCGAUCUAACUGCAGCAUGCAUCAAACACGUGGACCGCCGAGGCUUUGAGAUCAACACUCCUUUUAAAUCCUUUUGUUUCACGGCUGAGUCGGAACAUGAGAGGGAGGAGUGGAUCGAGGCUGUGCAGGAAUCAAUCGUUGAAACGCUGUCCAAUUAUGAAGUGGCUGAGAAGAUUUGGUUUAACCAGUCAAACAGAGGCUGCGCUGACUGUCGAGCUCCCAACCCCGAGUGGGCCUCUAUUAACCUCGGAGUGGUCAUCUGUAAAAUGUGUGCAGGUCAGCAUCGGUUUCUGGGCUCUGGUAUCUCACAGGUCAGGAGUCUAAAGUUGGACAGCAGUGUUUGGACCAAUGAACUGGUAGAGUUUUUUCUGGAAGUUGGAAAUGAAAAUGCCAACCGUUUUUGGGCUGCCAAUCUGCCACCAGAGGAGGAGAUUCACAUGGGGUCAUCACCUGAGCAGCGGGCCACCUUUCACAGGCGGAAGUACAAAGAGAGAAAAUACAGGAGAGUUCUGGAGGGGUUUAAAAGCCAGGAGGAGCUCAACAAGGCUCUGUGUGAUGCAGUUCUUCAACCUGAUGUCCUGUUGACUAUGGCACUGGUGUUUAGUGGGGCAGAUGUGAUGUGUGCUACAGGACACCCCGAUUAUUCUACUCCUUACCUGCUUGCUCAGAAAGGAGGCCAGAGGCUACAGAUGGAGUUCCUCUAUCACAACCAGCUCUCAGAAUUUGCAAAGCUGGAAAUGGUAGGUGAUAGUGGUUUUCCUGUAGACGUUUCUUCUUUCAUGGAUGGAUUUCUCUACUGUUCAGCAAAUAUGCUCAAGAGCACACUGGAUAGAAAAGGAAAAGAUGACAUGGUUCGGCGCUGGUGCACUCUGGAGGGUGGGUACAUCAGUUACUAUGAUGGUGAAAAGAGUGCUGCACCGAUUGGGAGAGUGGAGAUUGGUGAGAUGGUGAGCGUGCCAAUCAACAACACGGAGACUAUGACAGGAGCAGGGGCGGUGUUCACCUUUGAAAUUUACCUGCAGUCAGAGAAAAUUAUCUUAUUUGGUGCACAGACCUCAGAGUCACAGAGGGCCUGGAUUCAUGCUAUCAUUAAGUGUUUUACAACUGCGAGAGUUGAGUCUUUGUUAAAGAAAGACUGUGAGCUUAUUGGCCGUUUGUACUAUAAGGAGGGUCAUGAUCUUUAUCACUGGAGAAGAGGUUGGUUUUCUUUGGUCGGCUCAGAACUUUUCUUCUGUCCUGAGGCUGAGUCUAUGACCGAGGCAGUCAUACAACUCAAACGGCUUCAGGAACUAACUGUUUCAGUUCAUUCAGAAGGGGAGGAGAAGAUUCAGGUUCUGCUCAUGGUUGAAAGUGGCAGAACUAUCUACAUUCACGGCUUCACUAAACAGGACUUUGCUCUAUGGCACUCGGCUAUCCAGUUAGCCGCUGGCAGAGAUGGCAGGGCACUAAGCAACCAGCAGCUGACUAAAAACGACAUCCCUAUUAUUAUUGACAGCUGUAUAGCCUUUGUCACCCAAUAUGGUUUGUGCCAUCAAGGCAUCUACCAGAAAAAUGGUGAUCCGAAACGUGUAGCUCAGCUGUUGGACGAGUUCACCAGCGAUGCUAGAAAUGUCAAGCUUCGGAUUCAGGACCAUCGAUUAGAGGACGUCACUGAUACACUAAAAAGCUUUUUAACAAACUGUGAGGAUGCCUUAUUAGCCAAAGAGCUCUAUCCCUACUGGAUUUCUGCUCUUGAUCUGAAGAAUGAGAAGGACAGAGUUGAAAAGUACUCAACCUAUAUUCAGAGCUUACCCAAAAUCAACAGAUCAACUCUGGCUGCAUUACUCCAGCAUCUGUACAGGAUCCAGAGCUGCUCUCACAUUAACCAGAUGAAGACUCAGAGUCUGGCAUGUGUGUUCUCAUCCUGUCUCUUUCAGACAGGUGGACAUACACUCCAGGAGAUGGGUGUUGUGGAAGACCUCAUCAACAACUAUAUCCAGCUCUUCUCUCUUAAUGAGGAGCAAGUCAGACAAAUGGAGCGAGAGAACAGCUUUAUCACAAGGUGGAAGGACACUACAUUCUCUCCAGCAGGGGACUUAAUCUUUGAGGUCUACCUGGAGAAAAAAGAGCCAGAAAGAUGCUGUUUAACCAAGGUCUCCCCCAUGAUGUGUUCGGAUGAGCUGACAAAUAGCACUCUGGAGAUGAAGGGUAUAGUGCCAGGCCUUCAUGACCUCUGGACCUUGGUUGAGGUCAUUGAGACAGGAGAAUUAGAACGUCCAUUACACUACAAAGAGAAGAUUUUGGAGCAGGUUUUAGAAUGGAGCACUUUGGAGGAUCCCAGCUCAGCUUUCCUACUUAUCAAAAAAUAUCCUGGAUCCAGAAUGUCUCAUCACAAUUCAGAUGACCAAAAAGAGUUCAGUAAAGGAGAGCAUCUGAAGUUUAAAGACGCCACCUCCAAACUGCUCUCAGGUCAUAAGUUUCAGGACAAAUACCUCGUUCUGCGGGACAAGAAGCUUCUACUGUACAAAGAUGCAAAGAGUGCAAAGCCAGAGAAAGAGGUUCCUGUGGAGUCAGUGAAAUGUUAUUUAGGUGUAAGGAAAAAGAUGAAACCCUCAAGCAGUUGGGGUUUUACUGUCUACAUGCAAAAACAGCAAUGGUAUUUUUGCUGUGAGGGAAAAGAUUCACAGCUGGAUUGGGUCACAGCUAUUAUCAGAAGCAAGCAUCAAGCAGACUUAUGGCCUGAAUUCAAAGCAAAAAGCAAGUCUUCAGAUCAGCAGAGCAGCAGAGAGCGUGGUUCAUCUCACCAGGGUUCAGAGAGUGCAGCAUUCAAACACAGCAAAGAGGAUAACAAGAAACUGGCCGUGAAUAUCACUUCUGACAUGGUGAAGUCUAGGAACUCUGAGGAAUGUGAUUAUAAACAAAGACUCGUAUUGCUGGAGAACUGUAUAAAGCAGAAGAAUAAAAAAACUGACCCUGUAUCGGGACCCCAAGUAGCUGCUAGUGGAGGAUAUAAUCCAUUACAAAGACAGAGAAUGGAUGUUGUCGGAUCACUGGAGACUGGAGAGUUUAUAUCCUCAAACAAUUAUUCCAAACCCCCACAGAAAAAAGCUAUGCUAGAAGCUGCUACUGUCCAAAUGCCUCAAAGUCUUCUCAAUGAACUGAGUACUGUCCUUUCCCAAACUGGACGGAGACCUAGAGAUGAAAGCUGAGUGGUAACAAACAAAAAAGUGGAAGAUAUUUCCAGUUGUAUUCCACUCAUUUCAUGACUCUGAACUCUCAAUAUACACGA